AUGAGACCCGCAAUUUCGAGAGGGAUGUUUUGCUUGUCCCUCGUUGUCCUGCUCUUCUCCUGCCUCCCUGUGUCCACGGUAACCAUCACCACAGAGCGACGCGCUGUCGACGGCGACGUCAGGACUCUGACCCGCAGCGGUGGCUCGGCAGCAGCCGGUAAAAGGAGCGCCACCUUGUUCCUCCUGACUGGCUACAAGCCACCGCUGCCACCGCUGCCCGCCGGACCCAAAGUGGCGCCAAAAGCCGCGGAGCUGGAGGACGGGGAUAACCCACCAGUUAUGGCCGAACUCCCUCCAAAGCCCCUCCCUCAGACCAUGCUGCCAAGGAACAUGACGGCAGACGCCUUGAAGCCUCCGCUCGGAGCGGCCCAGGUGGCUCCGCCUCCCAGACAGCUGGUGGAUGUGGACGUGUGCAGGGGUUACUUUGACGUCAUGGGGCACUUUGACAGCACGUUCAACUGCUCCAAGGGCAGCUACAUCUACUGCUGCGGUACCUGCCACUACCGGUUCUGCUGCGAGCACCAGAGGAACCGGCUGGACCAGGACUCCUGCACCAACUACAAGUCCCCCGUCUGGGCAGACCCGCAGGUCCCCGUCACUGUGCCCGCGGGAAACAAGCCCGACCCGGACUUCGAGACGCUUCAGCAGCAGAACAGCAGUACGGCCUACGUGAUCGGCGGGGUGAUAUCCUUCACGCUGGUGGUGGCGGUGGGCGUCAGGAUUGCCUUCAGCAAGGUGGCGCGUCGACCCCGAAACAGAGACAUCAACAUGCCCAGAUCACUGGUGGAUAUCUUGCGUCACCAGUCGAGCCCUGUGCAGCAGGGAGAGAGGAACAACACCACAGUGUUGACCACCACCACCACCUCAGACGGACGCACAUCCAAAAACCUCUACACCCCCAUCCUGCAGAGCAAAGACAACCGCACCGGGAACUUGCACCACCAUUUUAACCAGCAGGGGUCUGCCUCCAGCCCCAAACGCUCUGCUACCAUCGAGCGUGGAUCCCGUAUGAACAACACCCCCCAGCUCUCCUCUGGUCCCACCCUGCUUUCAGGUAGCGGUAAAGGUCCUGGUGGCGUCGGCGGUGGCAGCAUUAUCGGAGGCAGCAUGAGACACAACAGCAGCCACCCGUCCUUCUCCCAUUCCUUCCACAACCUGGCCCAGCUGCCGCCGUCCUACGAGGCCGCCAUGAAACCCGAGAUCAACCGCUACAGCUCCCUGAAGCGGCUGGAGAAAGAGCUCGACGAGUACUCCAGCUACUACACCUCCAAACGUCGCUCCAACAACGCUCCACCAUCCUUCCACUCGUCUCAGCACCAUCUGCCCUGGGGAGGCGACUACACGCUGGGGUCUAGGGGCACGCUGCCCCUCAACAGCUCGCGGCCCCGUCUCCACAUCCCCGCCUCCACCCCGAACCCGUAUCCGCUACCCGCCCAGGCGCCGUACACCAGCUCCACCUUUGACAGGCCGCCACGCCGCGUCCGCUCCCAGGACCAGCUGCUGGCACUCGGGGAGGGCAACACGCUGUCCCGCCUGUCCAAGAACCAGCAACACCAGUACUACAAAGCCAUGAUGAGCACCAGCAGGAGCUCCACCUCGCAGACGCUCCGCAGGUCCCACGAGAGGCUGCUGGUCUCACCUGACCGUCUGGAGGACCGGCUCAUGGCGAUGGGGCUGAUGGUGGGAGGAGGCGACAGAGGAGGAGGAGGUGGGAUGGUGCCCACCAUGGGCCGGCUCAGCCACCACCAGAAGGCCCAGUCGCAGCAGAACAUCUGCGUCACGCCGUCCAUGGACCGCCACCACAUGAUCAAGAUGAACUCGCACCCGACGUCAGGCCACGACCACGACCGCAGCUCCGCCGCCAUGCCCGGCAUGGGCAUGCACAGCGGCUGGGACCCCCACGGGGGCCACGGCGGAGGCGGAGCGGGGACGGUCGGAGGCCACCCCAACGCCCGACGGAUGGCUUUCGCCAGCAAGAGGCAGAACACCAUCGAACAGCUGCACUUCAUCCCAGGAGGAGGAGGAGGGCAGGGACUGCGGACUGGGAGUAAGAACGAGGUGACAGUGUGA